AUGUCCCAUCCCCCCUCCCGCAACUCCUCCGUCCCCCGCCUCCGCGCCCCUUCAACCCUCCGCAGCCCCCCCUCCCCCCGCUACUCCACCGCCCCCUCCAUCUCCCUCGUCUUUGCCCACGGCUCAUCCGACACGCCCCGCCCCGCACCUUCCAACAACCCCGCCCGCUCGGGGUCAGCUAGCGAAGAAGCGCUGUCGAGGCAGCUGGAUGGCGCUUCUGGAGGGCGGCAUAUGGGCUUGAGGAGUCGACGGAGCAGUACGGCGACGACGGCGACGACGGCGACUAUGGGUGGUACGAACGGCGGCGAGCGGCAAGAGAGUGGGAGUGUACUGUCAGAAGAGCCGGAAGAUAUUGGGGAUACGGUAUCGUCGCCAUUGGCCGGACCCUCUUCGCUGCCCAUGGGCUCGGAGGGUAGCAAAAGGCAGGCGGAUGGGGAAGCUGGCUCGGAGAUGGCAGGUGGCGGGAGAGAGUCGAUCAAGCGCAAGCUUAACGGCAAGGCCUCAAGCGCGUGGCUCAAGUGGUCCUCUGCUACGUCGAAACUGCCUCCCAAUGUGUUGCCUGGAGGGUCCGCGAAGGGGAAGGAGAGAGCUGUCGACGAGGAGGACAAGGGCAAUCCUGAUCAAAUCGCUUCGGAAUCCCCACCUAUCGAUGCCCCUGUGACAUCCGACACCGAAUCACCGAUGCACACCCUCCCCCCGACCGACCCUCCGCCUAAAACAGAGCCCCUAGCAGUCCCCAAACCCGCAGAUCUCAAACGCACGCCCUCCACUAGAUCUUCCUCCCCUCUCAAAGAUGCCACCCAAGAGCAAAGAGAUGAGAUUAUGCGUACGCGCAAGCCUUCGGGGAUGGGGAAGGGGGAUAGAGGGGGGUGGUGGAGGUCGUUGUCGAGGGGGACGAAGGGUUUGGGGGUGGAGAAGGAGAAGGAUGGGAAGGCAGGUUCUGGACCGGGAGAGGAGAGUGGGAAGGUGGUUAAGCCGGAAGAGGCUCAGCAAUCCUCGCCAAAGACCAAUGUACCCGCCCCUCCUACUGAAGACGACCCUACCCCUAUCCCCACGAGCGAACCCUCCUCCCUUCCGCCCUCCAAGUCCGAACCCGAACCAGCGCCCAAACCCCCCGCGCCCGAACCCGCAGCUCCCGAGCCUCUACCCUCGGCCUCGCCUUCGACCACCCAAACGUCUCCCCCGCCUACACUUGAGCCAGAGUUCAAGCCUACGAACAAUGCGCCGUCGUUGUCAUCUGCUAGGGGCUGGAAGGAUUAUUUGAGCUGGUCGAAGGCGAAUUCGCCUGGCGGGAGUGUAUCAGAGAGUGGAGAGGGUAGUGCACCCAGUGAUGGAGUCGGUCUCGAACCUCCCUCCGACGAACGGCCCUCCGACCCCGACUCAACCCCGAAAGCGGCUCAACCCCCUUCUACAUGGUCAUCCUACUUUUACGCCCUCGUCGCCGAGCAAAAGGCCAAAGCUUCUGCUCCCGAAGCCGCCCGGCCUGUAGAGCCUACGGCGGUGGACGAAGAGCAGAUGCCCAUCCCCGCCCUGCCUACCGACGUCCGAAAACCUCCUCCAGCUCCUGAACCAUUCGCAACCCCAUUUGCGACACCGUCCUCCCAUACCGAGCCCGCUUCCCCUUCUUCAUCUCCGCUUCGCCCGCCCAAUCCGGCGAACGGGAACGUGUCGAGCAGUAGGCGAUCCUCGGCGGCUGGGUGGUUGAAUUACCUGGCGUUUAGGGCUAGUCAGAAGAAGGUCGAUGCUGGGGCGGGGUCGGGGUCCGUGGAUACGGGCACGGAAGAAUCGAGUGUCAUGGACUUUUCGAAUGAUCCACAUUUCCCUGCCGACCCCCCUGUUUCGGGGAUCAAUCCGAAUCAGCUUGCGCCCCCGAGUGGGAAGGAGACUAGUAGGGGCAGGGAGGGAGGGAGGGAGAGGGAGAGGGAGAGGGGGGGAGGGGCGGUUUCGGUCACGCCGAAGGCUUCGCAGAAUUUGGAGGUGGCGAGGAAGAGGUUGUCGAGUGCUUCGUCUGUGUCGAAUGGGACGACGGGGUCUGUAUCGACUUCUCCCAAUCCGAAAUCGUCUCAGGCGAGCCCGAAUAAGAUGACGAAGAAUGGAUCUGCUCUUCCUCAUCCCCUCCCGCCGAGCGUACAGCCGAAUCUCGUCAUACCCACCUUCGCUACCACUUUCGACCGCCCUCCGAGAUCAUUCUUACCCCUCCCUCCUACGUCGCCUCCGUCGUCCCCGACAGCCAAGCAAGAGCAGAGGGGCCUGGCAGCUACAACAACGGGGUACGCUUGGAAAGCGCUUGGAGCGGUGGGGAGUUAUAUGUAUGGGGAAGCACCGCCCAAGACCACGUCGGAGAGUCUGAAGGAAGAUGAAGGAGAGACAAGGGGAAGGGGGGAGGGGAGGAAGGUUGGAGGGGAUUUGCCGAGGAGGGUGGGGCUAGGAGUGGGGGGGCCGGAUGAUGGGUGGAAGAAUGUGAGAAGGGUGGUUGUUAUUGGUGUGCAUGGGUGGUUCCCGGCAAAGAUGUUGAAUUCUGUUAUUGGGGAGCCGACGGGGACGUCGGUCAAGUUUGCGAAUAUGAUGGGGCAGGCUGUCAAGCAGUUUUUCGAUGAGAAGGGGGUGGAUGAUUUGAGGUUGACGCUCAUGCCGCUCGAGGGAGAGGGGACGAUUGAUUCUCGAGUCGACAAGCUGUACAAAGCGUACCUCUCCAAUCCUGCUUGGAUCAACGACCUCCGCCGCGCCGACGCCAUCUUCUUCGCCGCCCACUCCCAAGGCUGCAUCGUCACCACCCACCUCAUCUCCCGUAUGAUCGCCCAAGGCCACAUCCGCACGUCCCACAACGCCGAAGCCGUCUCCCGCUGCGAAUGGGCAUUCGGCCCCAUCGGCGUCGUGCCCCCUUCUUCCCCCCAUCGACGGCACUCGUCCGAACAACAUUCUUCCAGUAUCCCGGGGGCGGAGGGGGGCAAGCAGAAGGUGGCGAUGUUGUCGAUGUGCGGGGUGCAUCUGGGGCCGCUGUAUUCGAUAAGCACGUCGAGCGUGAUACAGCCGUAUUUGCAGUGGUUUGAGAAUGCGGCGGCGAGAGAGUUGUUUGAGUUUCAGGAUACGACUUCGCCGGUUAGUUUGGCGUAUCAGAGGGCGUUAGCGAUGGUUUUGGAGAAUGAGGUGAGAGUGGUGUUGUUGGCGUCGUUGAAUGAUCAGGUUGUGCCGAUAUAUGGAGCUUCCUUCAGCUGUGCGACCCAUCCCCUACUCCUUCGAGCCCUCUACGUCGACGGCGCAUCUUAUACGCAAUCCGACUUUAUGACAAACUUGCUUUGUUUCGCCUUCAUGUUGAGAAACGCGGGUAUCGAUGAUGAGCGUCUGGUGGAGCAUUUGAGCGAGGCGACGGCGGGAGGUCUGACCGGACUCGGCCAUUCAACACCUUACGAAGAACUAUCCUCCUUCUCCCUCGCCGUCAACUACCUCUUCUACGCCACCCCCGCUCGUAAACCUCUCCCCCCUCUCCAGAUCGAACCCUUCAACGCUCGAGAUGCCCGGAACGACUUUGAGCUGCCGUGGAUUAUGAGGGCGCUUGUGGAUGCGCCGGAAGUGAAGGACUUGUUCCCGGGAGAGCUGAAGGAUUUGAAAGAGGGGAUAGUGCAUUGGAAGCCGGUUACGAGGACGUUGAAGGAUAUCAAGCGACGGCUCGAGCCCAUGGCCGGACGUCAAUCUCGUCUUCGCCCUCUACCCAACUCCCCCUCCUCCGCCUCUCUCGUUUCUCAAGGCGCCGCCGAUCACCAUACCGGUACGAGUCCAGUCAAUAGCAAGAAUCUUACUGCAGGUAAGAAGACCCAUCAGCGAAGUAAGAUUUAG